UUCUACAAAUGUCCCGAAACAGUGGACUUAUUAUCGCGAUGAUGGUGCACAUGGUAAAGGAUAUCUAUCGAUUCUUUUUACUGUAUUCCGUGUUUUUACUGGGCUUUAGUGGGGCGUUUUACCUGCUACUGGGGGGAACUAGUGGCUACGAGACUUUUACCACCUCCUUUAUCACAGUCUAUCUCAUGCUGUAUGGUCAACUUACCUACGACAAUUUUAAGGAUGCCAAAGGAUACACCUGGUACACGAGCAACUUCUUGCUCCUCGUACAUCUGCUGAGUGCCGUUGUAGUGCUUCUCAAUAUUCUCAUCGCCAUGAUGGCCACGACGUAUGCCGAGGUGUGGGACGCAGCCGAGGCUGAGGCAUUACAGUCACACGCGCAAGCCAUCGUACGUUUGGAAAAGGCUCUUACGCCUAAAGUUCGUCGUGAAAAAUUCCUCGAACUACUUGCUGUAUCCAAACCAAAGGCUGGCACACGAAGUACUCGAGAACGGCAGUACACCGUUCAGAAAGAGGAAGAACCGCAAGAAGAUCUUUCAGUGAGUGCUCGAGAAGCCAGAAGACAAAAUAUUAUACUUGGAGUUGCCAAGAAAAUGAGGAAAAUAUCCAGCGUAAACAAAUCUUCUCAAGCUAGAAAUUCUCAGCAAAACCGCGUCGUACCAGUUGCAGAGUCAAGCGACGAAGUCGACCAACCCGGGCAAGAUUAUCCUCCAAAACUCAAGUAUAUCACACGGCAGGCUUCACGCUUCGCAGUCCAUGAACUAGCACAGGACGUGGUUGCUCUUAAUGCGGCCAUGAAGAAGCCUGUCUAUAGUGUUUUAGAAGACGGUGUGCGCUACGAAAUCCCUAAAAAGUCAACCCGAGGUCAAGGAAAGGAUGAAAUGCAGCAACAACUAACUCUAUCGCAACAAAUACGACAGCAGCAACAGCUUGUAGAUCUCCAGGCACAAGUGGAGCAACUUACCACUGCAAUGACGAACCUUCAAGCCUCGUUAUUAACCAAAAGAAUUCCAGGACCACCGAUACCAAAGUAUUGACAUGACGAUUUAUAAUUACGCGAUAUGUCUACAAAUUCUCCUACAGCUCAGCUACUUGUACUUUUCACUUGUGUUCCGUUGGUCG